UUCCUGGUUUGGCAAAGAUGAUGAAGUCUUGAUUGAAGAUGUUUUAGGAUUUUGAUCACUGCAAGUCAGUUAGUCUGGCCAAAAAGCUGAUUCUAUCAGACCAUCCUGCACUACUGGUUGUAGCUUUUUAUUCACGUCGGAACUGAUGAUUGCUAACUUCUAGGUCCUACUAGUAAUUCCAAUCUCUUCCUGGAGCUUGGCUUUCGUGGAGAUCUGCAAUGUCUUAUCAUUUCACAUCCGAACCUGUGGAAGAUCAAAUCGUCACCGAUACGACCAAUUUAAAUCGUUUCGAGGAUGAGGCCUUCCAGCAGCUCAUGACAUUGAUAUUUGAAUUCCUUGUGGACCCACAGCAGGCAUCACAGCUGAUUACGCAGCUGGAGAGCUUCGCAGCAGAGCAGGGUGUUGGAGCCGGUGCACUGAAGAAUGUCGUACGCAGCGUUGUUUUCGUCUUCAAAUGCGCUCUGAAGAAGAGUGUGACUCCUGCCCAUCUACGCAGCGACCUUGCAUUACUUGGUCUAUCUGGUGAGAAAGCUGAUCAUAUAGCUGAGCUGUGGAAGUCCAACCUGGUGGGUCUGUCACGCACGGCAGUGUCGCAGACGCUCAACGUCAAUCAGCUGGUCGACAUGGAGUGGCGCUUUGGUGUGACCGCGGGCAGCAGUGAUCUACGCAAAGUUGGCAGUACCUUCCUACAGGUGAAACUUGUAGUUGACAGAGGAACGAACACUGAGAAUAUCUUCAUGGAGCUGACCCUUCCGCAAUUCUACAAUUUCUUACACGAGAUGGAGAAGGCACGGGCGACACUGGACUAUUUCAGCUAAGCAGUGCCAUGUUGUUGACCUUUUUUUGAAACGUGCGAAAACUGUCUUGUUGAUGAGGCGCGGUUUUGUUUUUGGUCAUUGCCAAUUACGUUCGCUCCGGCUCCAGUGAUACCCCUCUGUGAUAGAUGGCCUAGUGCCAUGUACUUGGUUGUGUGUGUGUAUGUGUGUGUGUGUGUGUGUGUGUGCGUGUGUGCGUGUGUGCGUCCGUCAAUAUGACAAUUGUAUCUGUUACCCAAGGUAGUUAUGCGUGGCAGGCCCGUUUUUUCUCCUUCCGCUCUCUGAUACUGGUGAUCAUAGAGCUGAAUUAUUAAAACCUUUUCUUUAUAAUGUACUAUUGAUCUCAAGCAUAAAACAUCACAAACCGCCACUUGUUUCACCGAACGGAGGAGUAUCUUGGUAUUAUUUUUGAAGUACAUUACUGGUAUGUAAAAUUGUUGUUGAAGAUUGAUUCUUAUUGUCGGCAAAGCAUUUAUGGUUUUUUAUUCUCCUUCAAGCAUGGUAUGAGUGUGCUCAAGAACUGUGAUAGUAAUCAGGGUUUCUUCAUACCUCA